GUUACGACUUAUAAUGGUUGAACAUUGAAUUUUAAUACUAUUUUAUAGUAUUGUGUGAUAGUAUAUAAUUAUUAAUAUUCCUUUAGUAAAUUUUAAAAUGUUGGGCUCUAAUUGUCGUCUCCAUCUUAAACUUCUGUACACCACCGUCUUAAUAUCAUAUAUUAUGUUCUUUAAUGGAUGUUCGUUUGCAUUAUCGUCUACUCUUUUGCCAGAACUUCGAUCACCUUCGUCACCGAUUCAAAUUGAUGACGAAGACGCAUCUUGGAUAGCUAGUAUUCUGUAUCUGUUGUGUCCCAUUGGAUUAAUCGGAACCGGGGUACUAUCCGAUAAUAUUGGUAGACGAAAAGCACUUCAAAUAGCUUUUAUACCAAUAUGUUGUAGUUGGAUAGUACUUAUGUAUGCCAAUUCUGCUUUCGUGAUUAUAAUUGCAAGACUUUUAAUGGGUGUUAGUACUGGUAUUAUGCCGUUCGUGGUGUUGUAUCUGGUGGAAGUAUGUCCCCGCGAACACCGGUCGUUGUACAUGUCGUUGAUAAACUUAUCCGUGAGCAUCGGCAUGGUGACCGAGAACGUGAUGUCGUUGUUUUUCGGCUAUCACGCGAUCGCGACCAUACUGGCCGUGAUGUCGGUGGCCGGUUGCGUUUCGCUGUUCCUGUUACCGGAAACGCCCAUGUGGCUCCGGUCCAAGAACCGGGCCGGCGAGGCCGAGGCCGCGGACAAGUGGUUCGGUAUCGAGCCACCGGCCACGGUAACCGCGGUCGACGCGGAGAACGGCUGCGCGUCGUCGCACGGCGACAAGACGUCCGGCUGGUCCGUGUACACGCGCCCGACCGUGUGGAAGCCCACGCUGAUCAUGUUGGCGUUCUUCGUGUGCCUGAUGGGUAGUGGCAUCUACGUGCUGCUGAUGUACUCAACGGACGUGUUGCGCGGGUCCCCGCUGUCACUGGACCCUAAGAUCACCGUUUACAUGUCCACGGCGCGGCUCGUGGGUGGCGUGGUGUUCUCGUUGCUGUUCGAGGUCAAGCGCCGGACACUGAUGGUCUACUCGAGCAUGGGCAUGGCCGUGUCCGUCGCGGUGUUCAUCGGCUACAUGAAAUGGUACGCGGGCUCCGAUGACCCGCCAUGCGCCGACGUCGUGAUCGUCGCGUUCGUCUGCUACGUUUUCUUCUCGCUGUUGGGCGUCAUACCUUUGGCCUGGAUGAUCAGCGGCGAACUGUUCCCCAUGGAAGUCAAAGGUAAAAUGUGCGCAGUAGUUAAUAUUUUCGGAUAUUUAGUAGUGUUCAUAACCUGCAAAAUAUAUCCAGCAAUGUCAUCGACUUUUGGAGUGUUAAAUAUUUGGUCAAUAUUUGGUGGAUUUUGUAUUAUCACUGCACUAUUUGGUCAAUUCGUAAUGCCAGAAACAAAAGGAAAAUCACUCGAUGAUAUUAUAAAAUCAUUUGAAUCGAAAAAGAGCUCAACUUGAGUAGACACUAGUAAUGGGUCAAUAGCUAUGACGAAGUGGCGGUAAUUAAAUCGGGUUAAAUUGAAAACUUUGAUCAACUAUUUCUAAAUCUUUAAAUUUUCUCUGUCAUAAAUGUAUGUACAGCGUUCACACAGCAUUCAAUGCAAAUAUAUUUGAAGAUUGUACUCACAGGAGGUAAUAGGUAAAGGUUAUGCAUAUAUUGUUGUUACCUCUUUAGUAUUCAAUAGUUUAAGUGUUAGAAUAAAUAUCGUAUAAAUAUAUAUAUAUAUAUUGUAUA